CUCAGUCCACUACUAGUUCAUUAUCAUCAUCAUUUCAUCCAUCACUUCCUCGCCUCUGUUCACCUCAGCUCUUAAAGAAUCUUUGUCACUUUUCACACACAGACACACACUCAAAAUACUAUGGCUGAGCUGAUGUUUUCCUGGAUUUUUGUUUCUUGGUUGGUGUUGAGCAAUAUUGCAAUUCCAGGACAUGGACAAAAUGAUGAUGGCUCAAUUCCAGGAGUUAGUGAAGCCAGGAGAGCACUUGUGCCUGCCAUGUUCAUUUUUGGAGAUUCUCUGAUUGAUAAUGGGAAUAACAACAACCUCCCUUCUUUUGCAAAAGCCAACUAUUUUCCUUAUGGCAUUGAUUUCAAUGGUGGUCCAACUGGACGCUUCUCUAAUGGUUACACCAUGGUUGAUGAAAUAGCUGAAUUGCUAGGACUACCUCUUAUUCCGCCCUUCUCAGAGGCUUCCGGUGAUCAAGUGCGUUAUGGGGUCAACUACGCCUCCGCAGCAGCUGGCAUCCUUGAUGAAACAGGCCGAAACUUUGUUGGCCGCAUUCCAUUCAACCAACAAAUCCGAAACUUUGAGAAUACGCUUGAUCAAAUCACAAACAGCCUUGGUGCCCCAGAUGUAGCACAGGCACUUUCUCGAUGCAUAUUCUUUGUGGGAAUGGGAAGCAAUGACUAUCUCAACAAUUAUCUCAUGCCAAAUUACAACACCAAAAACCAGUAUAAUGCUCAACAAUUUGCUGAUCUUUUGACAUCCCAGUACACUCAACAACUCACUAGGCUGUAUAAUCUGGGAGCCAGGAAAUUUGUAAUUGCUGGGCUUGGACUAAUGGGAUGUAUACCAAGCAUCCUAGCUCAAAGUGGAGCUGGUCUAUGCUCAGAGCCGGUGAACCAGUUGGUAGUUCCCUUCAGUACCAACAGCAAGGCUAUGAUCAACAAACUCAGCACCAAUCUCCCAGGAUCCAGAUUUGCUUACAUCGAUAUUCGCAACAUGUUCCAAGAUCUCCUUACCAACCAUGACUCUUAUGGAUUUGACAUAGUAAAUCGAGGGUGCUGUGGAAUUGGACGUAAUAGAGGGCAGAUAACUUGUCUUCCAUUCCAGGUGCCAUGUCCAGAGAGGGAUCGCUACAUAUUUUGGGAUGCAUUUCACCCAACAGCAGCAGUAAACAUUUUGUUUGGAAAGAGUGCUUUCAGUGGAGGUCCUCAACUUGUUUACCCCAUAAACAUAGAGCAGCUUGCUCGUCUUUGACGUCUUUGAUUGACGACCUCUGCAAUUCUAAUAUAUACUUUGUGAUUUACUGCUGCUGUUUGCUACACUUUUUUCAUGGUUUUAAGGGUAUUUGAUCUUUUUGAGAUUAGAAAUUGUAAGGAAUUUUGGCAAUGCAUGAUGAUGUAAACACUUUUCU